CUCUACAUUCGCGUCUUCUUCUCUUUUUCUCUCUCUUCGCUUUCUCUCUCCUAGGGUUUCUCAGCGCCGUUUUGCUCUCUUCACGAUCCGUGACUGCAGCAUAGCCGUGGUUCCCAGGUAUAAUAUGGCAAUGGAAGUCACUCAAGUGCUUUUGAAUGCACAAGCAGUCGAUGGAAACAUUCGGAAACAUGCAGAAGAGAGUUUAAAACAGUUCCAGGACCAAAAUCUUCCAAGUUUCCUGCUAUCUCUUUCUGGAGAACUAGCUAAUGAUGAAAAGCCUGUUGAUAGCCGUAAAUUAGCAGGCUUGAUUCUUAAGAAUGCAUUGGAUGCCAAGGAGCAACAUAGGAAAUUUGAGCUUGUCCAAAGAUGGUUGUCUUUGGAUGCUGCUGUAAAGACCCAGAUCAAGACCUGCUUGUUGCAGACCCUCUCAUCUCCUGUCCCUGAUGCCCGGUCAACUGCUUCACAAGUAAUUGCGAAGAUUGCAGGCAUUGAGCUGCCUCAGAAACAGUGGCCUGAGCUGAUUGGGUCACUGUUGUCAAAUAUUCACCAGCUUCCAUCUCAUGUUAAGCAAGCCACGUUAGAGACUCUUGGGUAUUUGUGUGAGGAAGUCUCCCCAGAUGUUGUCGACCAAGAUCAAGUAAAUAAAAUACUCACAGCCGUUGUUCAGGGUAUGAAUUCAUCUGAAGGGAACAAUGAUGUUAGGCUUGCUGCUACCCGUGCACUGUAUAAUGCUCUUGGCUUUGCUCAGGCAAACUUUACCAAUGAUAUGGAGCGUGAUUAUAUCAUGAGAGUUGUCUGUGAAGCAACUCUGUCUCCUGAAGUCAAGAUUCGGCAGGCUGCUUUUGAGUGCUUGGUUUCUAUUUCUUCGACUUAUUAUGAGAAAUUGGCUCCUUACAUCCAGGACAUCUUUAACAUCACAGCAAAGGCUGUUAGGGAAGAUGAGGAACCUGUUGCUCUUCAAGCCAUUGAGUUCUGGAGCUCUAUCUGUGAUGAGGAGAUAGAUAUCCUAGAAGAAUACGGGGGUGAUUUCUCUGGUGAUUCGGAUAUUCCUUGCUUCUAUUUUAUCAAACAAGCACUUCCAGCUCUUGUCCCUAUGUUGUUGGAGACUCUUCUCAAACAAGAGGAGGAUCAGGAUCAGGAUGAAGGGGCUUGGAAUCUUGCAAUGGCUGGUGGAACAUGCCUAGGUUUGGUUGCUCGAACAGUUGGAGAUGAUAUUGUCCCACUUGUUAUGCCAUUCAUUGAAGAGAACAUUACAAAACCAGAUUGGAGGCAGAGAGAGGCAGCCACAUAUGCAUUUGGUUCCAUCUUAGAGGGUCCUUCCCCCGACAAGCUGGCUCCCAUUGUUAAUGUUGCUUUGAAUUUCAUGCUUAGUGCCUUAACAAAGGACCCAAAUAAUCAUGUUAAGGACACAACAGCUUGGACUCUUGGACGAAUAUUUGAAUUUCUUCAUGGUUCAACAAUGGAGACACCUAUAAUUACUCAUGCAAACUGUCAGCAGAUUAUCACAGUUCUGCUUCUGAGCAUGAAGGAUGUUCCAAAUGUUGCUGAGAAGGCUUGUGGUGCUCUCUAUUUUCUUGCCCAAGGGUAUGAGGAUGUGGGUUCAGCAUCUCCCCUAACUCCAUUUUUCCAGGAAAUUGUUCAAUCCCUUCUCACUGUCACCCACAGAAAAGAUGCUGGAGAGUCACGAUUAAGGACUUCUGCAUACGAAACAUUGAAUGAAGUGGUGAGAUGUUCAACUGAUGAAACAGCUCCCAUGGUGCUGCAACUUGUUCCUGUCAUUAUGAUGGAACUUCAUCAGACACUUGAGGCUCAGAAGCUUUCAUCUGAUGAAAGAGAAAAGCAAAAUGAAUUACAAGGCCUGCUCUGUGGGUGCUUGCAGGUUAUCAUUCAGAAGCUAGGAUCAUCAGAGCCAACUAAAUAUGUCUUCAUGCAGUAUGCAGACCAGAUAAUGGGUCUCUUCUUGAGGGUUUUUGCUUGUAGAAGUGCAACUGUGCAUGAGGAGGCGAUGCUUGCUAUUGGGGCACUUGCCUAUGCAACAGGGCCAGAUUUUGCAAAAUACAUGCCUGAGUUUUAUAAGUAUUUGGAAAUGGGUCUUCAAAAUUUUGAGGAGUACCAAGUUUGUGCUGUCACCGUCGGCGUAGUCGGGGAUAUAUGUAGGGCAUUGGAGGAUAAGAUCCUGCCUUACUGUGAUGGGAUUAUGACAUUGCUACUAAAGGACUUGUCAAGCAACCAGUUGCACAGAUCUGUGAAGCCCCCCAUCUUCUCGUGCUUUGGUGACAUAGCAUUGGCAAUAGGCGAGAAUUUUGAGAAAUACUUGAUGUAUGCAAUGCCCAUGCUCCAGAGUGCUGCAGAGUUAUCGUCUCACACGGCAGGUGCUGAUGAUGAAAUGACAGAGUACACCAAUCUUCUGAGAAAUGGGAUAUUGGAGGCAUAUUCUGGCAUCUUUCAAGGCUUUAAGAACUCUCCAAAAACUCAGCUUUUGAUUCCUUAUGCACCUCACAUUCUCCAGUUUCUAGAUAGCAUAUACAUGGAGAAAGACAUGGAUGAUGUGGUGAUGAAGACUGCCAUUGGAGUUCUUGGGGAUCUAGCGGACACACUGGGCAGCAAUGCAGGUUCUUUGAUUCAGCAAUCUCUGUCAAGCAAAGACUUUUUAAAUGAAUGCUUGUCCUCAGAAGACCAUUUGAUUAAGGAAUCUGCCGAGUGGGCCAAGCUGGCCAUUAGUCGUGCCAUUUCUGUUUGAGGCUGCUGCCUUGGUCUAUUGUUUUCCUUUUAGAAGUCCCUGCAUGCAUUCGGGUGUGUUGAGUUGGGUCCGGGAUUGCAUACAUGUCAGGUCGUCACCAUUUUCAGACAACAGAAGUAUCGGUCUUCGAGUUGUCACUAACUCUUGCAUCAGCACCAUGGGGUCAGAUUCUUUUUUCCUUUUUUCUAUCUUUUGUCAUGGAGGAAGUGGGUAGUGAUGGCGUUGAAGAAAUGGGGAAGACCUCCCUUAAAUCAAAAGUAUAUUAUUGGUGCCAGAAGAUUGGGAUAGGGAGGUAGAGGUGGCUGUGGUAUGCUGAAUAGAUUGCACAACUCAUGACUGAUUGAGUUGGUUGCUGUUGGUCGGCCCUUGUUGUUGAUGAGCUCACAAUUCACGCUAUAUCAUUGAGACUUAAUGCCACCAUGGUGGUGCCAUCGGAUUGGAUGACUGCAGAAAAUUGGUUCAAAGUGUCCGAGGCACGUCAAAUCAACCCAGUGCUAUAUUCCACAUUUUCUCCUUCCUUCAACCAGUUCUCUUUCUUGUUCCAACAACACCUCCCCCCUCUCUCUUCUAAUUUGUGUCUUGCAUUGUAUCGAAGUCUCUUGUUUGUCAUAGUCAAGUUGCAUUUCAUAUCAUUCACUGUUUUCGUGUAUACUCAUUAUGUGGGGUUGGGAUUCAUCACCCACAUACUCAUUACAUCCUGCAUCGGUCAUAUUUUAUUUUUACAAUUAUUACAGUAGGUGUUUCUUUAAAGUCAAAUGUUAAAUACCAUGCAUUCAUGAAAUCAUGUGUGCUGCCAUGUUUCCUGCCUCUUAAGUAUAGGUUUUUUAAAUCGUGAUUUGGGGAAUGUGUAAUCGUAUUUUGAUGAUCUCCAUCUGUAGAGAGUGGUAUAUUGAAAAAAUGUCACGAAUUGUGAUGACAUAUGGAAAGAGGCUGGAAAGAGUAUUUUGAGUCUCACUUGUCGAGAGAGGCAGUGUAUUUGUAGUCUUGCCUCAUCUUUUCAUGAUCAAGUGAUAUAUUAUCUUUUAUGGAUUUUUGUGAAUUUGGGCAUUGUCCAUGUCCUUUGUAUGAUGCCAUUUGAAUGAAAAUUUUUAUUAGUUGAAGGAGACAA